UAAAAACAAAAGGAACGAAAUUGUUUUGGGAAGGCAGUUGGAGUGACAAGCUUGGCGCCAUUUUGGUUGCUUGGGGCACUUUUCGUGCAGUCUUGUUGAAAUUUUUGGAAGCGUACGAAGCAUUAAUUUCACCUCCAAUAAUGGCAGACAAUCAGGAACAGAAACCUGACGCCGGCCCCGGGGAUUCUAGCUCUGACUACAUUAAACUCAAAGUUGUAGGAAAUGACUCAAAUGAGAUCCACUUCAGAGUUAAAAUGACAACUCAAAUGGGCAAGCUCAAGAAGUCCUACAGUGAAAGAGUUGGUGUUCCUGUUACAUCUUUAAGGUUCCUUUUUGAUGGUCGGCGAAUAAACGACGACGAAACACCCAAGCAGUUGGAAAUGGAAAAUGACGAUGUAAUUGAGGUCUAUCAAGAACAGACUGGUGGAAAAUCUUGAAUAUCGCCACGCCAUUGAUAUAAGUAAUCAUUAUUAUAAAGAAUGUGCAAACCUUUUUUUCAUUAUUACUGCACUUGAAGAAUUUUGCUAUUUAAAUUCUGUCAAAUGUCACAUUCCUCUACCUUAGUACCUAAUCUGCUGGGUAUUAAAGAAUUUCUGAUUUUCAGUUAGUGGGAUGUGGUAAGGCAGCUUAAUUGUCUGCCUAACAGAUUCUUUUCUUUUUCCCAAACUGAACUAAAGUGCUGGUUUGUACAUUGUGCUGUAGGGCACUUUUAAAAUAAAACGAGUAAACCCUU